AUGGGCAGACUACAAAAAGAAACCUGGCAAGGCAGGACUGUUUACAACCAGAGUCAAAAGGAUAUCCUCCAAGGGGGGCCUGGGUGGCUCACAUCGUUUGAACAAAACCCUUACGCUGAUAAAGCUACCAGGAAACAAUGGGGCAAGGAAAUUGGCAUUCCAGAGUGUAAAAUUCACAUAAGCAUUAGGUUUCUAUUUCAUGAUCUGUCAGAAUACUUACCAAAAGCAGCCAGAGAAGACUGGACAUCCAUCACAGGACCUCAAUCACAUAUCCUACUUUAAGCUUUUGAGAGGAACCAAUUCCCUGAUAUUACAACCAGGAAAAAACUGGCUAAAAUAAGAGACAUUCAGGAAUCAAGAAUUCAUGUAAGUUCUGUCUAUGGCACCAAAUAUGUUCUACCUGUAAGUGAUGUUAUAUUACCCUCUGAUGGGCUGCUGAAAAAGAACCAAACAUUUCUACCUGCUCCUCUCCCAUCCCAGGAGUCCUGUCUCUUGUGUGAACCAAGGACCAAGCGUCAUGAUGGUACAGCCCAUAAAGACUAUGCAGAGAGAAUUCUCUACUCUCCUCGGAAUUACCAGCCAAUACCAUCAACUCUGCGAGUCUCAGAUACUCAGGCUCCUUUCUGGCCGCCAAAGCAAGAAAAGUGCCAGAAUCACAAAGAAUUGAAGCACACAGAAGUACUACAGUUGAAGAACUACUCUCAGCCUCAUCCUGAGCACCAAAACCACCAACUGCAGGAUCUGGGGCAGGUAGACAUUAUUCUGCAAUGGUGGGAUGAAAUCUGCCAGACUCUGAUUGCGAAGUGGGAUCCUGGAGGAGGGACACACUGA